GCCAGCCCUGCUGAGGGGACCCGCCGGAAGUCAAUGAGCUCGGCCCUGAAGUCAGAUUCCUCCGCCGGUGAUGGUGCUUGGUGGUCCUGCGGCCUCGCGCGUGUCCAUCCCAUAUUUCCUCCUCUCCCUCCUGCUAGCUUCAGGCUUUCUGGCUGUUGCUUCUCCGGCCAAUAUUCCGGGGACCCUAGCCCCUGCAGUAGGACUUAGGCCCAGCCUGGUGCGCAGAGACCCGACCGCUGCGCCGCCUCCGGCCGCCCGGAUUGGGACAGGCACUUCCGUCGUCUGCUCGGCAGGUCGCAGCCUCGAGGGGAGCCGGUGCGCCGCAGGCGGUGAUGGACAUGCUGGCGGUCGUGAUGCAGGACCUCCUGACCCAGAACCAUGCCCUACGCAAGGAGAACGAGGAGCUCAUGGACCAGGUGCAGCGACUGCUUUGCGAGAAAGCCAACCUGCUAGCCCAGGUGCGGCCGCCGGCUUGCCCCGUGACUUUUCCCGAAACGUUUAAAGGCGACUCCGCCCGGCUUCCCGAGUUUUUGGUCCAAGCGGCCUCGUACAUGAGGUUCUUCGAGGCCAGAUUUCCCAACGACACCCUAAAGGUGGCAUUUUUAAUCAGCCGCCUCUCUGGGGCGGCAGAGGAGUGGGUAGUGCCCUACAUCGAGAGGGAGAGCCGCAUCCUAGCUCAUUACGAGAGCUUCGUAGGCGCGCUGGAGCGAGCCUUUGGCAGGAAUGGGUAGAAAACCGCCAGGCCUGGACCCCUGGUGUCGGGAGGAGUGACGGCCGAGAGCCUCUGCGCUCCUCACAACCUCGGCACUGCUUGGCUUCAUUCGCAAAGAACUCGUCCAGUUCCCAGCUUCUGGGCUCCAAGCCUUGCUAGAAAGCUUGGGGCCGUCUGUUCUUACCACCUCUGCUACCUUUUCACUCUGCCCAGCAACGCAGCCACUGGCCAGGAGGGAACCUGAUAGAAAUUGAACGAGCCACCCAGGAUCAUGCCCCUGCCACCUGGUAACUCUGAAGGCUGUUGCUGACCGCCUUUGAAAAUCAGGAUCAACCUGGGAAGUGCCUGAGUUUGCCGCAAUGCCCGUGGACAUUGCUGUGGAUCGCUCCCUCCGACACAACUUCCAUGGUUAGUGUUCCUGGCAGCCAAAUUUUGACAUUUCUCCCCCAAGAACCAAUUUUCCACUUCAUUUCUGUUCUAAAAACACAAGAGUCUCAAAGAUAGUGGCUUUUAGUCAGAGAAGUCCAGGCACUGGGCACUACAUGGAAAAAAAGUAUUUACUUUUAAAAUUUGAAUAGAUAUUUAUUUUAUGUUACCAUAUAUAUGCCUAGUGCUGUACUUGGUGUUACCGGAGAAACAAAAAUAAAACAAAAUAUAUGUCCUCAGCAAACCUAUGCAUUUAUAGGUUUUCGAAAACCUAUAAAUGCAUAUUCUGAUGUUUGAUAAAAUAAUACUUUUGUGUGUAAAGAAUAGCAUAUAUGAUUCUUUUUUAAGUGACCAUUUUUACUUUUCGCCGCAUAAAUUGAACACACGCAGCUUGCAAAGGAGACAGAAAACACUUGAACAAUUUUUAUGUUUCUGGCUGAAUAGGGCAAAAAUGCUUUUAAAAAUGCAUGUACCUACUGGCAAAAAAAUGGGGAUGUGUUCUUUGAACUAUAUCCACUUGGCUGUAUUCCUUCUUAUUAAAUGACCUGGCUCCCUCAAUUUUUUAACUGCUUUGCAUUUUUGGCCUCAAUUUUUCUUCUGUAAUUAAAGGUAUUACUUGAUCAUUAAAA